CAUGGACGGCAUGCAGCACUGCCUGGGCGUGCUGUCGUACCUGCGGCAGCUCCUGUCCUCCGAGAGCUUCGUGGACGUGACGCUGUGCUGCCUGGGGGGCUCCCUGCGCGCGCACCGCGUGCUGCUGUCGGCGUGCAGCCCCUACCUCCAGAAGCUGCUGCUGGAGCACCCCAGCUCGGAGCACACCACCAUCAUCCUGGCGGACGUGCACCGCGAGGACAUGCGCGCGCUGCUGCAGUUCAUGUACACCGGCGGCGUGGCCGUGUCCCGCGACCGGCUGGGCUCGUUCCUGCUCACGGCCGAGGCCCUGCAGGUCAAGGUGCUCAAGGACGUGUCGGACAGCUACCCGUCGUCCAGCCCCGACGUCAAGGUGGCCGUGGCCGAGUUGCAGCAGUGCUGCCCGCCGGGCUUCGCCAAGCCGCCGCCGCGUCCGCUGGGGGGCAUGUGCCCGCCGGCGUGCGGGCUGCUGCCCGAGCACGCGUACGAGGCCAUGAUGCACCUGCCGCACCACCUCCCGCCGCACCUGCAGGUACCCUGUCAAGAGGUAUUUUGUGUCUUUGGUCUUUAUAACGACCAUGUCAUCAAAACACCUGAUUAUAACUGCAGGAUUCUGUUCAAGCAGGGAUGGACUGGUUAA